UUCCCCAUUAGCCAUACCUUUAUUUCAUCAUCAGGCUCUUUAUUCCAGUUAGCAUUUAUCCGACGAUUGGAGGAGUCAUCCGGCUUAUCUCAUUGGGAGAAUGAUAAAGAGGCAGCUGAGCUCCGCCUUGGGUUUGUCAAGCCUGAAGUUCUCAGCUGGUCUCCCCGAAUAAUUCUUUUCCAUAAUUUCCUAAGUUCAGAGGAGUGCGAUUAUCUCAAAGCAUUUGCUAGACCCCGUCUCCAGAUUUCCACCGUGGUAGAUGCCAAAACGGGAAAGGGUAUUAAAAGCCAAGUUCGAACAAGUUCUGGCAUGUUUCUGAGUAUUGAAGAGCAGAAAUUUCCAAUAAUAAAGGCCAUCGAAAAAAGAAUAUCUGUCUUUUCUCAAAUACCAGCUGAAAAUGGAGAGCUCAUUCAAGUUUUGCGGUAUGAACCAAACCAGUAUUACAGACCACAUCAUGAUUACUUUUCUGACACUUUUAACUUGAAGCGCGGAGGGCAACGUGUAGCAACAAUGCUCAUCUAUUUGAGUGACAAUGUUGAAGGGGGUGAAACACACUUUCCUAUGGCUGGUGAUGGUGAAUGCAGUUGUGGAGGGAAGAUGGUAAAAGGGCUAUGCGUUAAGCCAGCUAAAGGAGAUGCAGUGCUCUUUUGGAGCAUGGGAUUGAAUGGUGAAUCUGAUCCAAAAAGUAUUCAUGGUGGAUGUGCUGUUUUGAAAGGAGAGAAAUGGUCGGCCACAAAAUGGAUGAGGCAGAAAACUACCUAUUGAUUUUAAAUCAAUUCCAUUUCGACAUUGUCAUUAUAAAUUAGAGUGAUUUAACCUUGUGGCUACAUACUAUUAUUUGUGUAUAUAUGUAAGAGAAUCCCUUUUGAACUUCAGGAUUGUUGAGAACCCUUGAAGCAUUGAGAGAAUGUUACUGCCAUUAAACAAAAUUUUCAGUAGGAUAUAAAUUUUCUCUCUUUUGUACAUGAAAAAUACAAUUUUCCUUGAUGGAAAUAUAGAUACUGUUGUAGUUUGAUCGGAACAUUUUA